AUGUUUGGAUUAGGCCGACCUAUAAUUUAUAAACCUAGGCAUUACGGCUACGCGUAUCCUGAAGACCUGCUCAAGGUAACAUCAGCUCCAUUCAUUCGAUCACCAUACAGGAAUGUGUACCAAGGAAGACGAUAUAAAGGCGACAGAAGAGUUUAUAAUAAAUAUUUUAAAUAUCCCCCAAAAAGGGAUGGUCAUAGAUUAUUUUGUCAAGGAAACUUUGAUUGUACGAUAAGACAUCUAUCAAUUCAAACUAAUGGGAGUAUACCCAUAAUAUUCCGUGGUGGAGUCGGAUACAAGCACUUCUCAGUAAUCAUUAAGGCUGAUCCCGGCGUAGAACUGUCGGGGAGAGUCAAAGCUUAUUGCGCACAAUCACCUAAAAGUAUUGAGACCGUUAACAAAAAUCUCGUC